UCCGCCCUCCGAGCGCCCGCGCGCCAGGUGAGGGGCCUGCGGGCCGAGGGCCCGGGCCGCACCCCUUUUCCGGCCGCCGGGACCCUCCCUUUGCCCUCCCCGACCCCGCGGGGCCCACCCGCCCAGACGCAGCGCGUCUUUGUCCCCUGCAACCACGGCCUGUGGAGCGCGCGGCACCAUGAUCGCGACCAAGGAGAAGAAUAAAACCCCAAAGGACAGCAUGACGCUUCUGCCCUGCUUCUACUUCGUGGAGCUGCCCAUCGUGGCGUCCUCCAUCGUGUCCCUGUACUUCCUGGAGCUGACCGACCUCUUCAAGCCGGCCAAGGCGGGUUUCCAGUGCUACGACCGCACGCUCUCCAUGCCCUACGUGGGGGCCGCCGAGGAGCUCAUCCCGCUGCUCAUGCUCCUCAGCCUGGCCUUCGCCGCCCCCGCCGCCUCGAUCAUGGUCGGCGAGGGCCUGCUGUACUGCCUGCAGAUGUACUUCAACUCGGUCAUCUCCGACACCACCAAGCUGCUCAAGCCCGUCCUGGUGUUCAGCUUCGCCAUCGCGGCGGGCGUCUGCGGCCUCACCCAGAUCACGCAGUACCGCAGCCACGCCGUGGACGUGUACGCGGGCUUCCUCAUCGGCGCUGGCAUCGCGGCCUACCUGGCCUGCCACGCCGUGGGCAACUUCCAGGCCCCGACCGCCGAGAAGCCGGUGGCGCCGGCGCCCGCCAAGGACGCGCUGCGGGCCCUGACGCAGCGGGGCCACGACUCCGUGUACCAGCAGAACAAGUCCGUGAGCACCGACGAGCUAGGGCCGCCGGGGCCGCUGGAAGGCGUGCCCCGGCCCGUGGCCCGAGAGAAGACUUCACUGGGCAGUCUGAAGCGGGCCAGCGUGGACGUGGACCUGCUGGCCCCACGCAGCCCCAUGGGCAAGGAGAACAUGGUCACCUUCAGCCACACACUGCCCCGCGCCAGCACGCCCUCGCUCGACGACCCCGCCCGGCGCCACAUGACCAUCCACGUGCCGCUCGACGCCUCUCGCUCCAAGCAGCUCAUCAGCGAGUGGAAACAGAAGUCGCUGGAAGGCCGCGGCCUUGGGCUGCCCGAUGAGGCCAGCCCCGGGCACCUGCGGGCCCCUGCGGAGCCCAUGGCGGAGGAGGAGGAGGAAGAGGAGGAGGAGGAGGAAGAGGAGGAGGAGGAGGAAGAGGAGGAGGGUGAGGAAGGGGGGCCGGCCCCGCCCUCACUGUACCCCACCGUCCAGGCUCGGCCAGGGCUCGGGCCUAGGGUCAUCCUCCCGCCGCGGGCCGGGCCGCAGCCGCUGGUGCACAUCCCCGAGGAGGGGGUGCAGGCGGCCAGUGGCCUGUCUCCCAAGAGCGGCGCAGCUGUGCGGGCCAAGUGGCUCAUGAUGGCAGAGAAGAGUGGGGCGGCGGCGGCGGUGGCCUCCACCCAGCCCCGCGUGGCCAACCCCCCGCGGCUGCUGCAGGUGAUCGCCAUGUCCAAGGCGCCGGGCGGGCCGGGCCCCAAGGGGGCGGAGACCGCCUCUUCCUCCAGCGCCAGCUCCGACUCCUCACAGUACAGGUCGCCCUCAGACCGUGACUCCGCCAGCAUCGUCACCAUCGACGCGCAUGCGCCCCACCACCCCGUGGUUCACCUGUCCUCGGGUAAUGGGCCCUGGGAGUGGAAGACGGCGGGGGGCAUGGCCAAGGGGCCAGAGGGCGGCGAGGGUGGCUACGAGCUGGGGGACCUGGCCCGUGGCUUCCGUGGCGGGCCCAAGCCACCAGGUGUGUCCCCAGGCUCGUCCAUCAGCGACGUGGACCAAGAGGAGCCGCGAUUCGGGGCCGUGGCCACGGUGAACCUGGCCACAGGCGAGGGGCUGCCCCCGCUGGGCAUGGCUGAUGGGGCGCUGGGGCCGGGCAGCCGGGAGUCCACACUGAGGCGCAAAGCUGGCGGCCUGGCCCUGGGCGAGCGGGAGGCUGCGGGCGAGGCGGAGGCCGAGAGCUACUACCGCAAAAUGCAGGCUGCCCGAAGGUUCAAGGACUGAGUGCUGGGGAGCUGGGAUACCGCAUGCGGGUGCAGGUGGGGGCCAC